AUGGAUAAUAUCGGCAAAAUGAUUGAACAGCAGGCACUAGGUGAACAAUCGGUCGAUUCUCCAGACAGUAGUGCGCAUGCGGUAGUCGCCGGUGGCAUGGAGACGCAGGUCGUCCGUAUGAGGCUCGUGUCACGCGCCGUGGUGGAAAGGCGUCUUGUAAAACAAGAAGAAGCUGAUGGCCCACUGUCCGUUAUUGUGCAACCACAAGAGGAGUCCAGAGACUCGGAGCUCCUCAGCCCUGGGAAACUGUCGCCGAACUCCGUCAGCGUGGCAAGUAUGAUUGAUAACAAUGACUAUCGCACCCUAAACCCAGAGCCCACGUACCAAACCUUAACCUCAGUAAACGGAAGAAUGUCUCCUCCCGGGUACAGCCCCAGCUCCUCGUACGCCACGCUUACGCCGCUUCAACCCCUGCCGCCGAUAUCGACGAUGUCGGACAAAUUUGCAUAUGGACAUGCCAGUAAUGUCACCGGGUCGUUCACUGUCAUGCAGAACAAUAGCCUCGGCGGAAUUGGCCUAGGACUCGGGGUGGGUGUCAAUUCCAACACUCCUUACACCAUGACGAACAUGGGCAUGACACCACCGCACAACUACUCAUCCCCAGGAAUGGGGAUGCAACAACAACCCAGUCCCAUAAGCCCGCAAAGCACGUACAGCCAAAACGGCCUGCCGUCACCCCAGAAAAGCAUGUCGCCUCCUAGUUACGAUUCGCCCUACGGCAAUCAACGGGACAUGGUGACGCGGUUGCACAGCCCACAACAACUGAGUCCACCAUCGGCGUCUCUGAACUCUCCUGACGGCACGUUGGUGACUAGUUUUAGUGGUACGACCUUAAACGGACUAGGUUUACAAAACCACCCACCGACGUUAGUGCAAAUCGCGCCUCCCCCACGUGACUGUUCGCCUUCGCCCCCAGUUGUUACCCUCCAAACGGCUCCCCCCGUGUCGCAACAUCAGCAACAGCAGCAGCAGCAACAGCAGCAGCAGCAGCAACAACAACAGGCCCAACAGACGACGAUGCAGAUAACCACCAAGAACGCCAGUCCCGGUUCCCUGAGCGUACCGGCCAUAGCUGCGGACGUGGAGGAAAUUAAUACCAAAGAGUUGGCCCAGAGAAUAAGCGCCGAACUGAAGAGGUACAGCAUACCUCAAGCCAUAUUCGCCCAAAGAGUAUUAUGCCGAUCCCAAGGCACGCUAUCCGAUCUCCUAAGGAACCCGAAACCUUGGUCCAAACUGAAAUCGGGCAGGGAGACCUUCAGGAGGAUGUGGAAAUGGUUGCAGGAACCUGAAUUCCAAAGGAUGUCCGCUCUACGACUUGCAGCUGCUCAGAUACCCCAGCGAGGCACAUGCCUAACUGUUACAGGUUGCAAACGGAAAGAGGACCCUUCGAACAACUCGGAGCAGCUUCCUACCCCCAAGAAGCCGAGAUUGGUUUUCACAGACCUCCAGCGUCGUACUCUUCAGGCUAUUUUUAAGGAAACCAAGAGGCCAUCCAAGGAGAUGCAGGUCACCAUUGCGAGGCAACUAGGUUUAGAACCCACGACAGUAGGAAAUUUCUUCAUGAAUGCAAGAAGAAGAUCUAUGGAUAAGUGGAAGGACGAGGAUCCCAAGGCAACAGCGCAGGCGUUGAGUCACCAGCAAAUGUCGCCCGGUAUGGACCACGACGAGUUGGAUCAGGAUGGAGAUAUGGACAAUGAUAUGGACGAUCACGAUGAUGUCUUGUGACAUGCGUUUCGUGAUCGACAUUUGUUAUU